GGCAUCGGCGUCGCCUGUACUGGAGAACAUAAUAGAUCAUCGGCAGAAUAAGAAUCAAAAGACCUCUGAUCGGACAAUUCCAAUAUUAGGCGUUCCUAGUCAAGCCGUCGCCGUUUUUGUUCGAUUUCUCUAUUCGUCCAGAUGCACGGAAGAAGAGAUGGACAUGUAUGGAUUUCAUCUCUUGACACUGUCUCAUGUGUUCUCCGUUCCGGUUCUGAAGCAACUAUGUGCGAAAUCACUGAUUCAACGGCUUAAGAUCAACGACGCGAUCGAUACGAUUCAGAUCGCGAGGCUCUGUGAUGCACCCGAGCUUUACUUCCGGAGCAUGAAACUUGUAUCAGUCAACAUAAAGUUUGUUGAGAAAACAGAGGGAUGGAAGUUUCUCCAGGAGAAUGAUCCUUGGCUGGAGCUUGAGAUUCUACAGUUCAUAGACGAAAUUGAAUCGAGGAGGAAAAUGAGAAGAAAGCGUAGGGAGGAGAGGAGACUGUGUUUACAGCUAAGCGAAGCAAUGGAGUGUUUAGAGCACAUAUGCACAGAAGGGUGUACAAACAUAGGUCCUUACGACAUGGAGCCGGGGAAGAAGAAGAAGGUUCCAUGUCAGAAGUUCGCAACGUGUAGAGGUUUAGAACUCUUGUUCAGGCAUUUCGCUACCUGCAAAAGGAGAGUUAACAAUGGGUGUGAUAGAUGCAAGCGUAUGUGGCAGCUUCUUCGACUACACUCAUCCAUCUGCGACAAUCCUGAUCUUUGUAAAGUCCCACUUUGCAGGCAAUUCAAGUUGAAAGGUCAGCACAAAGGGAAAGGUGGGGAUGAAGCAACAUGGAAGCUGUUGGUGAGAAAAGUUGCAGUAGCGAAAGCCAUGUGUUCUCUCUCGAUCUUUACACAACAGAAGAUAAGAAGAGAUCAUGGAAUGGAGGCCGAGGGAUAAACCCUAGCUUCAAACUAUAGAUAAAGGAAUGAUGAUGAUGAUGAAAAAUGUAAAUUUGUUGUUUCAAAGCUGUCUUAAUACUGUUUUUAUUAG